AUGCGAACUUACAGCACUCUUAUUCCGUUCGUCGCCCUUGCGUUCACAUUCGCGGCGAACGCUGUUCCUACCUCGUACUCUUCAAGUGGAAACACUUACAACAGUAAAGCAUCCGUCAGAGAACUCGACUCGGACGUUGUCGAAGCCCGAGGUUUCGUCGUCGACGAUAACUCACUUGAAGAGCGGUCGUCAGCAUUGAGUAAUGAAGGUCCUACCUCUCCCAUGAAAUCGAAUGUCCAGUCCUCACUGGAGCGGCGGAUAAACCAAAAUAUGGCAAUCGGCGCUGGGGCAAUUGCCGUUGGAGCUUUAGCCAUAGGUCUUGGAUACUGGGGGAAGAAGCACAUAACAGAGGAUGCGGAGAAACAUGAUGCAAGUUCAUCGACAUCUUCCUCGGCACCUGACCCUACCUCAACCGAUAGUGGGGAUCCGAAUGCUAUGUACCAGUGGAAGGAUCUGGGACCCACAAAAGUUUUCAGAGGUUUUACCACCAGCAUGAAGCGAGGUUUCCUCACCACCGCCAAAGCAAAGCAGCAACUUGGCAAAGAUGAUAACGAUAACAAGAGUACCAAGUCGGACAGCACCCAGAAACCAACCGCCCUUUCUCCCAAUCAACCCCAAGUCUCCAACUUGGUGAAGUACAGUGACCUUGACGAAAUCGCAGAACCCAGAAACUUUAGUUAUGGUGUUGUUGAUGAAGCCGGCCUUCCUAAAGGGUACGACCCUAGUAAAGUGGCUUUCAACAGCAAGCCUGUUGAUCCGAACGAUCCGGAUGCAUUCUUUUUCGUCACCUUGCCUCCAGUGGAGAAAGGUGCUACUCUCGCGGAUUAUCCUGGAGGAUGGACAGAGUGUUGCGUCUCCGGUGACGUUAAACGCGUUAUCGAAAACACACCGGGGUUCCCUUCUUUACCUCUACAACCUUUGGGAGGAAAACCCUACCGCAUUGCCGAUGCUGGUGAUAAAGGACUAGGUGUUUUCGCCACGCGGAUGAUCCGUGCUGGAGAGCUUAUCAUGGACGAGAGACCGCUUAUCGUGACUCCGAACAGUAACACAGAGUUCUUACGCGAUAAAGCCUUUAUUCGAAAAUUGCAAAAGUACAGUCUCGAGCAAAUAAGGCAGAUCACGUUGCACGAAAUGGAUAAGAGGGUGAAGAAAUCGUUCGAUCGGAUGCCACUCGAAAAUCAAAAGGCGUUUAUGGAUUUGUUUAAUAGUCAUAGCCACGACGGAAGCGGUGAAUACAUUGGGCGAACGAGGACAAAUGCAGCCGGAAUCGAUGUUAACAAAUUGAGAGACAAAGGUUCGACCGGUAAAUUGGGUCAAUAUUCCGCUACCUGCAAUGAAUUUUCACGUCUCAAUCAUUGCUGCUGCCCCAACGCUAUCUUCCACUGGCACACCGACACGUUUACUAUCCGCGUCUGUGCAGUUCGCGAUAUCCCGGCCGGAGCAGAGAUCACAGUCGAAUACUGCCCCGUUCUUGACUCUGCCGCCCAACGAGCUCAGAGUCUCGCUCCCUAUGGUAUCUCAUCAUGCGCUUGCAGCCCUUCCUGCAGUGACCCAGCUCUAUCCAAGAUUUCUGACGAGCGUCGCGCACGGUUCAGGAAACCCAUCGUUCUGACUCCUCCUAUCGGCGGGUUUAAACCUGGCGACGACGCAUGGUUUCAACCUGCUCUCACAAGGCUCCGAGAGCUAGAAGAGGAGAAUCUUCAAAGAGCAGAUGAAUACAGAAGGACUUUACACCAGUUAGUCAACAUAUACUGUUUUCUACACGAUGUCGACAAGGUGCUUCUGUACGCGCACAAGUUGGACGCGUAUUGCAGGGCAAGUGAUCGUGUGAAGGAUGUGGACCGUAAUCUCUUGACUAGGGAAGGUGUAAAGCGCACUCAAGGAUGGAUGACAGGACAAAUGAUGCUCAACAUGCAGAGACCUGGUAUGCCAACGCCUGUCUUGAUGACAUUCGCAUGA